AGCCGCAGGUCCCCAGCGCGCCCCGAGCCCCUGCGCCAUGAAGCUCGCUGCCGCCCUCCUGGGGCUCUGCGUGGCCCUGUCCUGCAGCUCCGCUGUUGCUUUCUUAGUGGGCUCGGCCGAGCAUGUGGCCCAGCCUGUCGCUGCGCUGGAGUCGGCAGCGGAGGCCGCGGCCGGGACCCUGGCCAACCCCUUGGGCACCCUCAACCCGCUGAAGCUCCUGCUGAGCAGCCUGGGCGUCCCCGUGGACCACCUCAUAGAGGGCGCCCAGAAGUGUGUGGCUGAGCUGGGUCCCGAGACCAUGGCGGCCGUGAAGGCUCUGAAGGCCCUGCUGGAGGCCCUGGCAGUGUUUGGCUGAGCCGAGACUGGAGCAGCUACACCUGAGGACAAGACGCUGCCCACCCGCGAGGGCUGAAAACCCCGCCGCGAGGCGGACCGUCCAUCCCCUUCCCCUGGCCCCUCUCAAUAAACGUGGUUAAGAGCA